UGAACACAACAAUCGGACAUUGUCAAUGAAUAGCAAAUACAAAGUUAAACGUCUAAAAAUAUUUGUUUUGUAUCUGUAAUCAGUUGCUUUUAUUGUCUUGUGGUGCAUGGAACAGAAGCCCAAUUUAUUUUACUACAAUGCAACCAAACAAACUGAAGAUAUUAAUGAUUGGACCAUCAGAGAGUGGAAAAUCAAGAAUAGCCAACUUUAUCUCAGAUUCAAUCAACAUCGAUGAAGUCGAAACUCCUCGACCCACCCAAGGAGUUCGGAUUGUGGAAUUUGAACUUCCCAAUCUGAAUAUAAACGGGAAACCCACAAGUACUGAUAUAGAACUUUGGGACUGCAGCGGUGACCACAGAUUUGAAUCAUGCUGGCCAGCACUGAGACUCGGAGUUCAGGGAGUCAUCCUGGUGUGUGCCCCUAAUACUGCGCAAGUAGCAGCAAGAGAGAUGGAACUUUUAUAUAACUACUUCGUCUCACAACCAAAGCUAUCUACCAAACAAUGCGUUAUGUUUUACAACUGCACUGAUGAACAAGAAGACAUGGACUCUUUGAAUCUUUCUCCAACGUUUUCGAAAGUUUCUCAAGUGGCAAUUAAUUUAAAAACUGGUGGCAGCCGUUUAAAAAUAGAUUUCGCCAGCUUCAUUACCUCAGUUCUACAAAUGAUAAAUAAAGACAAUUCUUAACUUUAUCUCAUCGUCGACUUUGAUUUCUCUCGUGCAUACUUACGUCAUCCCAACAUUCGCUGAUGAUAAGAAAACUAGAAUACAUCAAAUUCAUUAUUCAUUUAUUCUGGUUCUCUAAAUGCAUAAGGGGGAAGACACCAAUCAGGCAUACACGGGCUUUCUGAAAAUUGUACACUCAUUGUACACUCAUUUUGCAAUUUAUUACAAGUAUACUUACACCGUUCAGCGUUUUCUGAAACAUUAAACCAAAGCAGCACCACAGUACUAAUAUUAUGGCACCAUGUCAUUUAACUCGUCGAGUACCGUCAUUAUAGACACAAUUAUAGAACAAUAGGUUGCGGUCACCGGUGACCGCUUGGUGUUUGACAGUUUAAAUGGAAUGUUCAAAGAAAAUUGUUUCAAAAUUACUUUAUCAUUGAUUGAGAAUAAUAUUCUUUGAGGCUAUUAGGAUUAAAAUUUAAAUAAAUGAGGUCAAAUUUCACAUGUCUGCGUUAUCUCUUCAACA